AAAUAUCUGACAUAAUACAGCAAUUGACUGUUAAUAUUUCUUUUCCGUUCUUUCGACUCUUCAAUUGGCUUCAUUUGACAAUGACAGUAAUGUAUAGUGAUGUGGGGUAACCUUUAACACAUUCAUUGCCACGAUUUAUUUAAAGGAUUCUCUCUCUUCACAGCCUAUCUCGAAUUCUUUCAUAUAAUUUUGUAAGACAGACAUAGUUUGGUGACAUGAACAUGGCAGAAAAGAAACAUUUUUGCCAUCGCACAUAUGUGAUAUUGAUGACAGACGUAUUAAAAGUAGAGUUCAUAAAAAAAUAAGAUAAAAAUCUGCGUCGGCUCUAGGAUUAAAAGUUCAGUUUUCUUUGAAAUAAAAAGCUGAGUUAGUUCAAUAUUAAUAAUUACGUUUACGUUGAAGCGAGCGCUCGUAUUAUGCGCGACUCUGCCAAUGUCAUCUUGCGCGGCGUGAACGCAGUCACGUUGACAGCAGGGUUGCACGUUGUGCAGUGCGAGAAUGCAUUCAUUCGCGUUGCUCGCUAACAGCGUUGCAACAGCUGCUGCAGCUUACGACUCAAGAAACGGUAGCAGACCACGUUGCUGGCAACGUUGACGAUUGAUAACUCGCGAAAGCCAAUAGAGAUAUUUCCGCGGUGACAUCACACAAUAACGUGUAAUAACGUAGACUACCGAUAAGAACAAUACGACAACAGGACAGGAGGAGAAAAUGCAAAUCAAUCCAAUUCAAUCCGAGCCUGAAUAGUUUCUAUAAAUUUUAACUGACUGAGGAACUGAAUUUCGAUUUUGAGAUUAAGAUUAGUAAAUGGCCUAACCUAAUAAUAACUUAUUUAAUAUAUUAUUUGAUAAUUUUAGAAAGCUAGUAAAAUAGUAACUUAGAAAGAAAAUAUAGAAAUAAAAAAGUUUUUAUAUGAAGCUCAAGAGGAAUAUUUAGUCCUUAAGAUGAAUAAAGCGUUUAUAUGAGUAUUUAACUCAUGUGUCCGUAAGAUCUUUUAUAAUGCUAUAUAUUGAUAUAGCAUAUACAACAUAUAGUAAUUAGAGAACUGAAGGCACAAAGUAACUUGAGAAAUUUCAAAAAAUUUUGUAUCAAAAUUUUCAAAACAAGAGAUAUGAAAUAUGAGAUGCAGUACAAUUUUUAUCUAUAUCUUUCAUACCUGACAAGCUUAUACGGCAUUUUUAUUUAUUACCUUGCUGUUUCAUCGACUGGACUAUAGUAUGUGUAUAUGUGUGCAGUUGAAAGUUUUUAAUAGUAUUUUAAGAAAUAAAAACUUUAAUACUUUCUCUAAAUUAUCUCGAUAAAUAGUUUCUUUCUUUUUAUCUAAAAGACAACUCAGAGAUUAUCAGAUGUAUAUCUGAUGAGAAUAUCAGAACAACGUUGUCUUAUCUUGUACAUUAGUGCAAAAAACAUGAUUACGGCCUAUUUGUGCAACUAUCAAAAACAACGAAUUUUACUGAGAACUUUAAUCACCGUUUUAACGUAAUUACCGUAAAUCACCGAUAAAUCACCGUCUUAACGUAAUUUCACCGUAAGUAAUCACUGCGGAUCUGACGAUAAUUUUACAUCUCCAGUUGGAAUUGAGUGUUCGACGGCCGCAGUGAAAAAAGCCGCUCGCACCACGACGCAAAGUGGAACGAGCGAAUCGCCAGUCCGGCGAUGGCCGAUCGUCGAUCCUUUAAAGGGACCGAGAAGAAGUCGUACGCGGUGCGUCCGGAGAAAGAGGACGAGGAAAUAAAGAGCAGCGGGAAAAUGCCGCGGCUAUAUAGGGAUAACGAUCUCUCUCUCUAACGGCGGAUCGAGCGGCGAUAAGUCGCUGAGGAUCUAACGGGUGAUUUAUGCUUCCGAAUCGACCGGUCUGUGUCUUCGUGGAACGAUCGGAUGCGAUCGCGCGCGACGUGUGCGAGUCUCAAGUGGAAUCUCUCAGGUGAUGCAAGCGAGGUGACGCGGAAGAGCGCGAGAGGGAGAAGGGAGAGAGAUUUUAUGAUCGCAGAUGGAAAGUCGAUAUCGAUGGUAAAUCUAAAAAGCGCCUUAGGCGCUAACGAACUCACCGAUAAGAAAGCCGGUCUUCCACGUGCCCUCCUGGCGGAAUUCCUCGGCACCUUGUUGCUGAAUUUCUUUGGCUGCGGCGCCGUAGUGACCGGAAAUGUCAUCGCCAUCAGCCUGGCCUUCGGUUUGGCGGUGAUGGGCGCGAUUCAAGGAAUAGGUCACGUUUCAGGAGGCCAUAUCAAUCCAGCGGUCACGUUUGGUCUUCUCAUCGUCGGGAAGGUACCGAUCAUCAGAGGCAUCCUGUACGUCUUGGCGCAAUGCGCGGGUGCAAUUACGGGAUCAGCGAUCCUGAGGGCACUCUCAUCGGACGAGAUGGAGAUGGUUUUGGGGGUGGUGAGUCUCUCCCCCGGGAUCAGCCCUGUCCAAGGAUUCGGAGUGGAGUUCUUCCUCGCUCUGAUUCUGGUCCUGGUCGUUUGCGGCGCCUGUGACGCCGCUAAGCCGGACAGCAAGGGUAUCGCGCCUCUCAUAAUCGGUCUCGCCGUUACCGUGGGUCACAUCGUCGGCGUACCGCGAACGGGCGCCGGAAUGAACCCGGCGCGUUCUCUGGGCAGUGCCGUGGUGAUGAACGAUUACAAAGAUCAUUGGCUGUACUGGAUAGGUCCGAUCUUGGGCGGCAUCACCGGCGCGCUCAUCUACGUGCACGCGAUCGGACCCGCCAAAGAGCCGGAAGUGCCCACGAGAACCUACGCAUCCGUCGCCACCGAAGAGAAGGAGAGGUUCGAGUACAUUGACAGCGGACGUGACGGGCUUUAAGAUACGAAGGUGCCGAGACAUACAAGAGUGCGAUCUAGAGCGAUUCGCUACAAAAUAUAUAUCACUCCUAUAAACGCGAGAAAGAAAAUAUAAGCCAACGAAUCGUCAUUACUUUACAGCUCCAGAAUCUUGCCGGCAGGAAAAACGUCAAUCCCGCUUGACGCCCUAACAGAUUUUAACAGAUCUACCAUCCAGCUCGCCCGAAAGAUCUUAUCAUGAUAAAGAUCUUAUCGUGAUAACGCGAUAAUAAUUAAUUAUUCGACUGCUCUCGUAUACGAGGAAAAAUGUACUAAACGCCCCCGUGGUGAAAGUCAGAUUGACGGGACUGCAUAGAAAUAAAAUGCUCUUCUUGGUAAGAUCCGUCAAUCGUGACGAUAUCGGUUUUUUUAUUUUUGUCGCUAUUUAAUGAAUUGUUCAAGCGUCAAGUAGCUACGGCAAUUUGUAUAAAGGUCUUCAUCACGUGGAUUUUUGGGUGCGAUUCAUUAGACAUCGUAAACACUUUGAAAUAUCUUGAAAAAAAGCCAUAAUUAUUGGUCUACACGGCACUUCAAAGUAUGUGCAACGUUUAAGUCUACAAUGAAGAACUUAAAUUAGUGGCACAUAGAAAAACUUAAGCAGUAAGACGUAAGCAGUAAGGAAAUUGACCAAUUACAAUCGACUAUUUUCUUUAUGGUCGAAAAAUAACAAACUACGAUUGGACAAUUUAAUUACUUACUGCUUAAGUUUUUCUAUCCCCUUGUCCACAACCUUGCUUUAAUUCUUAAGCCGUAAGAAAUUGAUCAACCACAAUUCAUUAUUUUUAUAUAAAAUAAUCGACUGGUUGGUUUUAUUUAUUACGGCUUUAAGAUGUAACCAUGAUUAAUUUUUAGAAGAAUAAUCGACUGUAGUUGGUCAAUUUCUUACGAUUUACGUCUUAAAACAAGGUUGUGAACAAGGACUUAAGCGGGGUCUACAAUGAGAACUUAAGCCAUAAAACUUAAGUUUUAAACCUGAAGCCGUAAGAAAUUGACCAAUCACAAUCAAAUAUAAGGAAAAUAAUCGACUGUGAUUGGUCAAUUUCUUACGGCUUCAGGUUAAAAGCUUAAGUUUUAUGACUUAAGGCUAGGAGCAUAUAUCCCUUGUCCACAACCUUACUUUAAUCUUUAAGCCGUAAUAAAUUGACCAACCAGUCGAUUAUUUUAAAAAUAAUGAAUUGUGGUUUCUUACGGCUUAAGAAUUAAAGCAAGGUUGUGGACAAGGGAUAAUGGAUCGCACCCUUUCUCUCGGAACGUAACACUCAACAGUGCCGACAUCUCGCGCUACGUGGAGCAACACGUGCAGUCGAUAUUGCAGCUGCACAGAACGCGAUGCAACGCCUGCUACAGCAAUGCUGUACGUAAUCGCUCGAUCAAAGACACUCGGGCCUGAAGUCCCACCGCGAUCUAUUAACGAUAAUCGGAAAAUCGUGCGGAAAUUCGCACGCUACGUAUAUCGUACAUGCAAUUUCACGUGUUGACACGCGAUAAUACUUAAUAAUUAAACAUUCAUUGUGGCGCAAAGAUGCGCUUAACUCAUACUACCCUUACGUUAUUAUUAUGGCUACUACGUGCGAUCUGUCGUGAUCUUUUGUAUUCGCGUGUGUCCAUUCGUUUUCUCUACACCUUUAAACACAUUUGCAUGCGCGAGAGAUAAUAUUCCAUGGAAAGCCAUUAAUAACUCGCGAAAAGAGAGCGCGACAAAGAUAUGCGAUUAAUUUUCAUGCAACUCACCCGCAUAUUUUAUACGCUCGCAGCAAUGCGCAUUUUCUCCACAAAUAGAAGUAGCAUACUACUGCAUAAGACCAUAUAUUUAUGUAAUAAUGAAUAUAACAUUAAUUAUUAUAUGUCAUAAGUGCAAGUUACGUACAAUGUGUUGUAUGGAAUAAAGUCUAAGUUUUUAUACGAA